AACGAGGAUACUCUUCUAAUUUGAUGUUUCGCCGCGAAUACUUUCAUCUCAUUUCCAGAUGAUUAAAUUUAGACCUUGAUCAUUUUACAAUGAGUGAAUUUAAGAUACAUCAUCUCGUCAGUGAGCUGAUGAAACACUUGGGGACUCAAGGUCAAGAAGGUCCAGAAGUGUACACAGAUCUCCUGUUGAAGAAUGUCACUCCCUACAUAACCACCCAGGUAUCCUCUCAUGCUGCCAAGAGGAAGAUAGCAGAGUUUUCAAGGUCACCUGCAGAAUUCCUCAACAAAUAUGAUGAACUCAAAUCAAAGAACGUACGAGAUUUAGAUGCUCUGGUCUAUCUGCUUUCCAAGCUGUCAGAAAAUAAAGAUGUGGUAUCAACGCUCAAGGACAAUUCUGAGAAACUUCUCAUGCCAAUGGAUAAGAUCAGUCUUCCGGCCCCUGGUACCAAGAUGUCAGAGGAAGAAGUUUCAGAGCUGCGUAACCAGCUACUUGCGGUAUCCUCCGCUGCAUCAAGCCAAGCUUCAGAGGUGUUCAGGAAGAUGAUGAGAGAGAAACAAGCCAAGAAAAACACAUCUCUGAACCUCCCCGUCCUGUCCCCUUGGGUUUACGAGCGACCGUUCCUCACGGGGGAUUUCAUCAAGGUCUCUAGGACUACCAUAGAACCAGGUGUGCCUCUGGGUACCCUCCCUCUGGGCAUGCAGGAGACAACGAUAGUCCAUGAUCUGCUCACUGUCUUAUUGGGCACAGAAGGGAAAUACAUCCUUGUGAGGCCAUCUCAAGACAGAUCCACCACACCUCACACAUUCCAAGUUGACCGUUCCCUGGACACAUCCCUUCAAGAGCUGGUCAAUCGAAUCCUUCCCAUAUGUAACAACUACUCCACCGUUAUGCACUUCAUUGAGGACAAGUCAUCCUUUGAGUUUGGUGUCGUCAACCAUGCGCUCUGUGGGGCUAUGAGGACAUUAGUCAAGGAAUACAACAUCUUAGUUGCCCAGCUGGAGCAUCAGUUCAAACAAGGCCAGCUUCCCCUGCAGAGGUUUUGGUUCUACAUGCAACCAUGCAUGCAGACCAUGGAGAUACUAGCAUCCAUAUCAUCAUCGGUAGAUAGGGGAGCGUGUGCUGGAGGGUCGGUGCUUAGCCUGCUGCAUGAGAAGACUGUUACCAUGAUAGGAGACAUGCGAGCUCAAGAGCUUUGCCUGUUCCUGACCCAGUCAGCCUGCGCGCCAUACUUUGAGAUCCUAGAGAAGUGGAUUUACAAGGGAAUCAUCAAGGAUCCAUACUGUGAGUUCAUGAUUGAAGAGAAUGAAGCCCUGCAGAAGGAGAAACUCCAGCAGGAAUACAAUGAUGCCUACUGGGAACAGCGCUAUACCAUCUGCAGAGAAAGGAGUCCAAUCUUCUUGGAGACGAUUGCUGAUAAGAUCCUCAGGACUGGCAAAUACCUCAAUGUUGUCAGACAGUGUGGCCAUGAUCCAAGAUGUCCAAAUGCUGAAGAGAUCCUGUAUACACUGAAAGAGAGACAAUACGUGGAUCAGAUAGACAAGGCAUACCAGUAUGCUAGCAAGCUCCUUCUUCAGCUACUCAUGGAAGAGAGAGAAUUAGUCCAGAGACUUGGUUCGAUCAAGCGGUACUUCCUCCUGGAGCAAGGAGACUUCUUUGUUCAUCUGAUGGACAUUACAGAGGAGGAGAUGAAGAAGAGAGUUGAUGAUAUCAUACCGAGCAGACUAGAAUCUCUUCUAGAGCUGGCUGUCAGGACCAGUCAGGCUAACUCAGACCCUUUCAAAGAUGAUCUCAGAGUUGAUCUCCUACCUUAUGACCUCAACACACAGCUGCUUAGAAUCUUGUCCAUUGAAUCCAGACAAGAAAAGGCCAUGCUUCAUGAAAUGGACCCAACAGAGCUGAACAUCUCUGGUUUAGAAGCCUUCUCGUUUGACUAUGUUGUGAGGUGGCCAGAAUCACUCAUUCUUAGCAGAAAGGCUUUAACCAAGUAUCAGAUGCUCUUUCGACAUCUUUUCUACUGUAAGCAUGUUGAAAGAACACUGUGCAAUAUCUGGCUGUUGAACAAGGAAGCGAAGCGGUUCACUCUCUAUUCGUCUCGAUGGUACGCAGUGGCCUUUGCCCUCCGUCAGCGCAUGCUGCACUUAGUCCAGAACCUUCAGUACUACAUGAUGUUUGAAGUGGUUGAGCCCCACUGGCAUAUAUUGCAAGACAACCUGAGGAAGGUGUCCAACAUAGAUGACGUCUUGUCACACCACACCGACUUCCUGGAUAAGUGCCUCAAGGAUUGUAUGCUAACCAAUCCAGACAUCAUUAAGAAUGUCAGCAAGCUCAUGCUUGUAUGUGUCACCUUUGCCAACUGCAUACAGAGAGUUACACAAACGAUGAAUGUUGAUGCAGAGGUUAGCUUGCUUGUCGAUGCUGGUACCCCACCAAAGAGUGAUAAGGACAGGGAUAAGCAGGACUCUGAGAGAAGAAGGACAGUCUCAAAGGUGGUGAGUGAGCACAUUGAACAGAUCAACGCCAGCGACGACUUCGCCAACACCGUCCACAACUUUGAUUCCAACUUCUCGUCGCUUCUCAUUUCACUCCUCGACAAGUUGAGCCUGUUCAGCACGGCCAACUGCGAGCACAACAUGAUGAAUAUCAUCCAUAGGUUAGACUUUAACGGUUUCUAUACGGUCAGGCUGGAGAAGCUUGCUGCAGAGAGGAGCAUGGCCGCCCAUGGAGACGAGGACUUGAUGGAUGUAGGUGGGGCAGAAGCAAGAUAGACGGGCCAUUUCUUGAACUGGGGCCUAUUUCAUAAAACCUGUUACAACAGUUAAAAGCUACUGAAAUCCUUCAAUCUGAUUGGCUGAUAGUACAUUUGUUUAAAUUGUGUGCAUUUGUUAUUAUAACAAGUCUUUAUGAAAUGGGACUUAGAAAACUGGUUGUAGCUUAUUUAUAACUUGAAUUUUCGCAUUCCUGUGGUAUCUAUACUUCGGUAUCUGAAAUAGAGCAUGGGCCCGUUUCAGAACACAAAAGCUAGCAUCACCAAACUUUAUGUUCCAAUCAAAUGGCUUUAUUUCAGUAUAACAAAUGCUUGUACAACUAUCUUGUGUAACAGCAAACAUUUUUUAAAGGAUUCUUGUCAGGAUAAAUUGUUUAGAUGAUGUUGCUCAUAGCAGUGACAAUAGUCCAGGGCUCCGUAACACAAAGGUUUGCGAUGAAUUGCAAAUGCGAAAGAACCGCACUGAUUGGUUCCCGGUCAGUA